GGAUGCGCUCAAAGUCAGCCAGGGAUCUCCCUCGCAUGAAAAACAAAGAACAAAAAGGUGACAGACAUUCCGAUGGAUUUUCUGGCAUUCGCGCCAUGCGCCACAGGUCGAUUUCACCGCCAUGUGAUAGACCGGAUAUGAGUCCGUGGAUGCCCCUCGCUUGUCACGUCUUUAUCCUCUAGUGGGAUCCGAUCCGUACGCAUAUAACAGGGCCGUUAAAUGUAAUGCACGCGGUGUUGGCUAUUGUAUUUGUAGUAGGUACUUUACUUAACCAAGUUGAAAUUUUCCUUUCAUUAAUUCAUUUAUGUAUCUGUCCCCGUCCUUCCCCCUUUCCUCACCCCGUGCUUCGUGCGUGGGGGAUCGGUCGGCAUCCUUCGUGUCACCUCAGAGCCACAAACCCUAUUCUCUGGCCUCAGUCCCCAUGGCCACGGCGAUCCGCCUCUUUCGGGAUCUGGAUCUGGAUCUGGAUUCGGAGCUGGGUUAUGUCAUCUGUCAAGGGUUACAUUCGUAGGGCUUGCAUAUCAGAGUCAUCCAGUCCUGCAGGCCUGCUGACAUUCCCAAACUAACUGAACGGUUAUAUUGGAUGACAGAGGGACAUGAGUAGAUAGCUAGUCAGCCAAUUAACCAACCAUGUUAAGAGGAAAUGAAAACU